CUUUUCUGACCCGCCGUCUUCUGCUCUCCAGCUUCGCACAUUACGAAGGAGAUACUCCCGGGGCCCUAUCCCAAAACCCCGGAAGAACGGGCCGCCGCCGCCAAGAAAUACAAUAUGCGGGUAGAAGACUACCAACCGUACCCGGAUGAUGGCAUGGGGUAUGGUGACUACCCAAAGCUCCCUGACCGCUCACAGCAGGAGAGGGAUCCGUGGUAUAACUGGGACCACCCAGACCUGAGGUUGAACUGGGGUGAACCGAUGCACUGGGACCUUGACAUGUAUAUCAGGAACCGUGUGGACACAUCCCCCACGCCUGUUUCCUGGAAUCUCAUGUGUAAGCACCUCUUCGGCUUCGUGGCCUUCAUGCUGUUCAUGUUUUGGGUCGGGGAGACUUACCCCACCUACCAGCCUGUGGGGCCAAAGCAGUAUCCUUAUAACAAUCUGUACCUGGAACGAGGCGGCGAUCCCACCAAAGAGCCUGAGCCAGUGGUUCAUUAUGAGAUCUGAGGUGGCUUCAUCAGCUUCAUUAGCCUUAAUGAAGUCCCUAAUAAAACUUAGUGCUGUGGUA